GCUACACUCUUUUUAUAUUUCUUUCACUCUUCAUAAGGUUUGUAGGCUUUGUCAAAAUUUCUGGACUUGAAUUUAGAAACUUAAAUACACAAAGUGGCAAUAAAUUAUAGUUUGUGAAAUCAACCAACUUAAGGUUGGAAAAACUUGAAAAAUUACACUACACGCACGCCGGGGACUCCAUAGCCAUGUCCAAAUAUACCUCCAGCUCUGGGAGUCGCCAGUUGAGUACUCGCAGCUCGGACGUGGAUGCAUUGGCUCAGCGGGGCUACAAUGUGGGUCACAAGAUCGGCGAGGGAUCCUAUGCCACGGUUAUAACAGCCGGCUAUGCCGAUGACACCGGGCACGGAGUCCAUUUGGCUUGCAAGAUCAUCGACAAGGCCAAGGCGCCCACCGACUUCGUCAAUAAGUUCUUUCCGCGCGAGCUGGAGAUCCUCACCAAGAUUGAUCAUACCAACAUCAUUCAGAUCCAUAGCAUCCUGCAGCGUGGUCCGAAGAUCUUCAUCUUUAUGCGCUAUGCGGAGAAUGGAGAUUUGCUGUCGCACAUCAAGAAGUCGGGCCCCAUCGAAGAGAAGCAAUCGAAGAUCUGGUUCUUACAGAUGUCCAAGGCAUUGAAGUACCUGCACAAUCUGGACAUUGCCCAUCGGGAUCUCAAGUGCGAGAAUAUUCUGCUCUCCAAGAGGCUCAACAUCAAGCUGGCCGACUUUGGAUUUGCUCGCUAUUGUCGCGACGAUAGUGGCCGGGAGAUGAAAUCGGAGACGUAUUGCGGAUCGGCAGCCUAUGCCGCACCUGAGGUCGUUUGCGGAAGACCCUAUGACCCGAAACUGGCGGAUGCCUGGUCCCUGGGUGUCAUUCUAUUCAUCAUGAUGAAUGCCAAGAUGCCGUUCGAUGACAGCAACUUGACCAAAUUGCUGGAGGAUCAGCGCAAUCGCAAGUUUGCCUUCCGCCGGAAGCUGCAGGAAUCGAUCUCGGCCCAGGCCAAGGCCACUGUUUCGGUGCUUUUGGAGCCGGAGGCCCAUGCUCGCUGGAACCUGCGCGAGGUUCUCAACUGCGCCUGGCUGCGAUCCGCCGAGGAUUCGCAGCCCUCCACUCCCUAAAAUGUAAUGGUCUGAAGACUGUAUUUCUAAGUGGUUCCGUUGUUGCCAACGUUAUUGAGCCACAGGAACCACCGAUCAUCGGCAGUCUAAACCUCACCUCAGCGGGCGUUGAUUUCACAGAUAGGUGUAAAUUACAAUGGUAUCACAGAAAUUCACUGGUAUUUUCUAGAUAGAGAUAUCCAUCACUAUCUGGAACGCAUAUCCCAUAUUUUUAUUUUGUAUGGUAUUAAUAAAAACCAAAUGGCAAAC